ACUCGGUUUUCUUUGGAGAGCAGGGCGCGCAGUGACGGGAUCAUCAUGGCACCGCUGGGACUAAAAGCCAUUGCUGGAGACAAGAUAAUGAACAACGUCAUCAAGAAGGCAAGAGAAAAAGGAAAAUGGAAGGUUUUGGUGGUGGACAAGCUGAGCAUGAGGAUGGUGUCCUCCUGCUGUAAGAUGACAGACAUCAUGUCUGAGGGAAUCACUAUUGUCGAAGAUAUAACAAAGCGGCGUGAACCUCUGCCCAGCAUGGAGGCCAUCUACCUGAUCACACCCUCAGACGAGUCUGUCGAGGGUCUGAUUGAGGACUUCAGAGACCCUCGGUCUCCGAGGUACAAAGCCGCCCACGUCUUCUUCACUGACACAAUCCCAGACUCUUUAUUUGGACUCUUGACCAAAUCCCGCGCUUCUAAAGCAAUGAAGGCCUUGACUGAGAUCCACAUAGCCUUUCUGCCCUAUGAGUCUCAGGUCUUCUCCCUGGAUAAAGUGGAUGCUUUCCAGGACUUCUACAGCCCCUUCAAGGCUGACGUGAAGAAUAACAUGCUCGAGCGUUGUGCUGAACAGAUUGCCACCCUCUGUGCCACGCUAAAAGAGUAUCCAGGAGUUCGAUACAGAGGGGACUACAAAGACUGUGCAGUUCUGGCUCAGAUGCUUCAGGAGAAGUUGGAUGGCUACAAAGCUGAUGACCCCACCCUGGGAGAGGGUCCCGACAAGUCUCGUACUCAGCUGCUCAUUCUGGACCGAGGCUUCGACCCCGUGUCACCUCUCCUGCAUGAGCUCACACUACAAGCCAUGGCCUACGACUUACUGGGUAUCGAGAAUGAUGUUUACAGGUUUGAGACCAGCGGGAUGGGAGAAACCAGGAUGAAGGAGGUAUUGCUGGAUGAGGAUGACGAUCUGUGGCUGAGUCUGAGACAUAAACACAUUGCUGAGGUGUCAACAGCUGUGACUCGUUCACUCAAGGAAUUCUCUGCCAGCAAAAAGAUGAACACUGGAGAAAAGACCACCAUGAAGGAACUCUCGCAGAUGCUGAAGAAAAUGCCUCAGUAUCAGAAAGAGCUCAGCAAGUAUUCAACCCACCUCCACCUGGCUGAGGACUGUAUGAACCGCUACCAGGGCACCGUGGACAAACUUUGCCGUGUGGAACAGGAUCUUGCGUUGGGAACAGAUGCAGAAGGUGAGAAGAUCAAGGAUCCCAUGAGGCUGAUUGUUCCCAUUCUGCUGGAUGCCAAUGUCAGUGUGUCCGACAAGAUCCGCAUCAUCCUGCUCUACAUCUUCCUUAAGAAUGGUGUGACUGAGGAGAACCUGUGUAAGCUCCUUCAGCAUGCUAACAUCCCACCAGAGGACAGUGACAUCAUUUCCAACAUGGCCCACAUGGGUGUUCCCAUUAUCUCUGAGGGCACCACCAAGAAAACCAAGAAACCUGAUCGCAAGGAACGGAUCAGUGAGCAAACCUACCAGCUCUCCAGGUGGACCCCUUUUGUCAAGGAUCUCAUCGAGGAUGCAAUUGAAGACAAACUUGAUCCCAAGCAAUACCCGUAUAUUUCCCAGCGACAAGCAUCUGCCAAAGCCAGUGCUCCAUCAAGUGCUCGCUAUGGUAACUGGCACAAGAACAGGGGCCCCACAGAGGUGAAGACAGGGCCCCGGAUAAUUGUCUUCAUUAUUGGAGGCAUGACAUACAGUGAGAUGCGCUGCGUGUAUGAGGUCACCCAGGCCAAUGGCAAGUGGGAGGCUUUGAUUGGUUCCACCCACAUCCUCACCCCGCCAAAGUAUCUAAAGGAACUACAACACCCAGACUUCUUGGACCCCAAUGCCCCACCAGAGGGCGCUGAGGAGCCUCCUGUAUAAUAAAAGAACAUCUGGAAGUAAAUAUUGAAUGCCAUUUUGUUCUUUGUCUACCCUUGUUCCCCACAUCAUGCCAGUGGUUUUCACAAACAGUCAGAAUCUGUGUGUGUCAGUGUUUUAAUAAAUCGUCCUGCAGGUGAACUCGACUGUCACAGAAAUCCUAUUCCUACUGGAAUUCUGCCAUUCCUUGUGUUGGAUAGCUGUCUGAGGCAGGACUGUGUUCUGGUUGUAAAAUGGCACAGGUUACCUACAACAUUUCAUACCAUGCAAUCUUUGAAAACUGCAUUUUGUUCUAGCGAUAACAUAGCAUAACAUUGUUGAAAAACAUUUAUACAUUUUAAAGUCAUAGCACCUGUCAGUUACAACAAAGUGAUCUUCUACAUAACACAUACAAGGACCCAACACCUCCAGUAACACUGUGAGGAAUCUUGGUGCCGAUUUUGACCAGGACAUGUCCUGUAGUCUGCAUAUUAGAUAAAUAUGUAGGACUGCUCUCUUGCAUUUGUGCAGUAUCUUCAUUCAUUUGACUUCUUUUUAUUUUAUUCUGAUCAUUUUGCAUCCUCACCUCCAUAAAUCUCCAUAUCCUGUACAUGUGUUAAAAACCAUAAACUAUAGUAUUACAUGAUGCUGAAUCAUCCUUUCACUCUUGAUCCAGUAACGACAGCUUACAGUGCAUCCAGUAACUAUUCGGAGUCCGGAUUUUGUCAUGUUACGACCUUAUUCUAAAAUGGAUUAAAUUCAUUUUUCCCUUCAUAAUUUUACACACUAUCCCAAAACAACGAAGGACAAUGGUUUGCUUGAAAUUUUUUGCAAAUGUAUUAAAAAUAAACAAAAAUAUAACAUCUAAUUAAGUAUUUACAGCCUUUGUCAUAACACACAAAACUGAGCUCAGGUGCAUCUGGUUUUCUCCAGUCAUCUGUCAGAUGUUUCUACAACAUGUUUGGAGUCUACCUGUGGUAAAUUCAGUUGAUUGGACAGCACCAACACUGGUCUGUAUAAGAUCCCAUAGUUGAGAGUGAAGAGCACAAACCACACCAUGAAGUUCAAGGAGUUGUCUGUAGACCUCCAAGACUGGAUUGUAUCGAGGCACAGAUCUGGGGAAGCGUACGGAAACAUUUCUGCAGCUUUGAAGAUCCCAGUGAGCACAGCGGCCUCAAUAAUCCAUAAAUGGAAGAAGUUUGAAACACUUGGACUCUUCGUAGAGCUCGACACCCAGCCAGUUUGAGCAGUCGGUGUAGAAGGGCCUUUGUCAGAGUGAUCAUCAGUUCUUGGUCACCUCCCAGACUGAGCUCCAGCAUUGCUCUGUGGAGAGAGGAGAACCUUUCAGAAGGACAACCAUUUCUGCAGCACUCUAUUAAUCAGACUUUUAUGAUAGUGUCCAGUUGGAAGCCACUCUUCAGUAAAAUGGCCCGACAGCCCUCCUAGAGCUUGCAAAAAGGCAACCAAGGACUAAGACCACAGGAAACAAAAUUAUCUGAUCUGGUGAAACAAAGAUUUAACUCUCUGGCCUGAAUGCCAAGAGUCAUAUCUGAAGGAAACCAGGCACUGUUCAUCUGGCCAUUACCAUCCUACAGAGCAGCAUGGUGAGGCCAACAUUAUGCUGUGGAGAUGUUUUUGGCAGCAGGAACUGGGAGACUAGUCAUGGUCAAGGGAAAGAUGAAUGCAGGACAACAGAGACACCCAGAGCACAGACUUGAAUCUGAUUGAACAGCUGAUCUAAAAAUGGACGAUCCUCAUCUAAUCCGAUUAAAGUGAAGAGGUUCUGCAAAAAAGAAUAGGGGAAACUCCCCAAAAAUAGGUGAUCCAAGUUUGUAACAUCAAGCUCAUAGACUUUAGGCUGUAAUUGUUUAAAGUUUCAAGCAAACCUUUUUUACUUUGUCAUUAUGGGGUGAGGGGUUAUUUUAAGGUGAGAAAUGAAGUUAAUACAUUUACAUUUCCUCCAUGAGUACUUUUAUGACUACACAUUUACAAUUUUACGUUUAUAUAUAUACACACUGCAUAUCUUUUCAAGGCAGGUGAUUAUACUGUGUAUCACAUGUUCUCUGAAUCCACCGUUAUACAGGAUUAUAUAAGCUGGGUAGUCCUAUGAAAGCUACAGCAGCCACAUAACAAAGUCUGAAAAUACAAAAAGUACCACAAUCAUAGCAAGCUGUGUAAGUAGUUAGUUACACUCACUGGAUAUGUUAUUAGGAGCACCUUGCCAGUUAGAUGCUUUAUUUUGUUAGAUUAAAAACCUUCAAUGUUAGACUCUUGUAAAUAUGAAAAUAAAAAUCUGUCAAGUAGAAUUGUCUGCACAUUGCACUACCUAUACAAAUAAAUUUGUCCAUAAAACAAAACAGAAAUGUAACCACCUAACAUCCUCUGAGGAAGUAAUUACAUAGACAACAACUCUAAUGAGAAGAUGAUGAUGUGAGGUGGUGGGAAAUGAAGUCUGGUGGUUAAUAGAACAAAUGUAGGGCAUGCAGUCAGUGUUUAAAUAUUUAAUCAGCUUGGUGUCAGCAAUACUGCACCAUUUAUCCUGCAACAUGUAAUAAACUGAAACAAAACAGCACCACCAGAAAAAAACAGAAGCUGAAGCAAAAACUGACAAAUUAAUGGUGAAGUUCAGCAGGGUUUAAAAAACACUUUUCAAACUGCAGAAUUUCCAAAAUAACAUUUUAUUUUAUGUGCUCUGUAACAUAUUUAUAUUCACAGCUAUUACUUUUGAACAGGCGGAUAUGCUAAAUGAAUAUUUCCAGUUUAUCAUAAUGUGUAUUCAUCUUUUUUUUAGCCUUGGCCUACCCAGAAGACAUCCUUGUACUGUUAAAAGCAGAGAGGAUGUCUCUGUGCUUUCGAGGUUGAUCUACCAUUCAGAGUUUUGUUUGUGAGGAGAUUUAAAAUUCUGAAUUUAACAAUGAGCCACUGAAGAAAAAGAAAAAGUUCUUUCUUUUCCCUGAAGGCUUGAGCAAACAGAGUGGUCAUACAUCAUCUUGUGUCUUUCAGAGUCAACUGAAACCUUUACUCCUUCUCACCUUUUAAAAACCCUCAAAGACUUGGAGAAAGAAGAACAGACCACUGCCUGUAGAACUCCUUCAUAGCAUACUCUUACUCUAGAUUCCCCACCCACUCACACAUCAGGGCCAAACUAUAUAUACAUGUAUACAAAUCAGUUGUUAAAACUCCAAACAUGGAAAUUGCUAAUCACGACUUACUGGGAAAGCUGGGAUCUUUGUUGCUGUUAACUCUGUAUUGUGGGAUUAUAUUUGUUCAUCAAAAAAAUAACAGCUGUAUGAGAUGCAUUAUUUUUUAUUUGCUUCACAGUUAUAAUGGGGCACAAUCUGUGCAAUGCUCACACAACAGAGUAUGGCACUUCUCAUCUAAAGUAGUGCUUUUCAUGUAGUGGAUACCAUGUCAUAUUGUAAAAAUCAUUAGCUUUAUAAUUUAUAAUGUCUGACCUGGAAGCCGCCAACAUAAAUGUAGCUGUAUCUCCAUCAUUUACUACUCAAGUAGAUGUGAUAGUGAUUGUUUGUUGUACACUGAGUAUCAUUUUUCCUUUUAUUUGACCUUUUAUUUGUUUUUAUUUUAUAGUGGUUCUGUACGACUAGUUAUCAAUUGUUGUUUGAAAAGAGAUUGCAGUGUUAUCACAAGUUUGUACUUUGUCCUCAUGAAUAAACAGUACUUGCUUCAGG